AUGGCAUGGAUCAACAUCAUCAGCAUUAUACUGCCGGCGUCAUGCCUCAUUUCGUUGGCUGUUCUACUACACACUCAACAAAGCGUCAUAACCAACGACUAUGAACUUGUACCAGACCUUUCAAACUCCCCAGAAAUUCCUGCCCCCGAGGUCUGGGCGCUACUCGCCGACACCGCGCUGACCAUGGCGCUCUUCGUAAAGGGACACGGCGGCUACAAGUCGUGGUCAGCCCUGGCCGGCUCCGUCCUCCCGGAAAUCUACCUGGUUGUUUUACUAGCAGCAAGAUUCUGGGUGGGCGGCCAGAGUCCCUUUUGGGCCGAUCAUCUUCGACUCCAUGCCGCGGCUCUGUAUGCCGGGAGAUUCUGCUGCGGUUUUGUUGCCUCGAUCUACUCGGCGUACAUGCUGCCCAUUUCGAACAUGUCUUGGCUCGGCCCGGCGCGUAUACUGUUGCUGGGAACACUUGUUUGGUCGCAGCCUUUGUUCAAGUUGGUAGCCUAA